UCGCAGAGGAAUAGCAUUAUCUUUCCACUUGUAUAAUAUAUAAACUAUCACGAUGAUAGAUCUUUUCAUGCCUUUUCGUUCUUUUCUAAAAUUUGAAAAUGUUUGUACGGAUAAUAACGUUUUUCGAAUGCAUUAUAAGUUUACUGUAAUAAUACUACUCGUGUUCACAUUAUUAGUUACUACGAAACAAUUUUUUGGUGAACCUAUACAUUGUAUGAGUGAAAGCGAAACAGAGGUUGAUAAAGAUGCCAUUAACAGUUAUUGCUGGAUAUAUGGAACAUAUACAUUGAAAAGUAGGCUUGUCGGUGUUGAGGGAAAGCAUAUGGCAUAUCCAGGCAUAGGCCCUAAUAAAAGUAUAAACGAUGAGCAGAUAAGGCAUACAUAUUACCAGUGGGUUUGCUUUGUGUUGCUGGGGCAAGCUGUUAUGUUUUACACUCCACGCUAUCUCUGGAAGAUGUGGGAAGGAGGCAGACUGAAGGCAUUAGCAUCCGAUUUAGCUAAUCCAAUGGUGACAAAGGACUGGUCAGAGUAUAGGCGUGGAGAGCUGGUAUCUUAUCUGAGUUAUACCAACUUAUACACCCACAACAUGUAUGCCUUGCGCUACGCGUUCUGUGAGGUUCUAAACCUUAUCAAUGUGGUUGGUCAAAUCUUUCUAUUGGAUUUAUUUUUGGGAGGAGCUUUUCGAAACUAUGGUGCAGCAGUUGCAGCGUUUACACACAUUCCUCGAGUUCCAACAAAUUUUGUAGAUUUUUCCUCUGUAAAUCCUAUGGAUCAAUUUUUUCCUAAGCUAACGAAGUGCUGGUUCAGAAUAUAUGGUCCAUCGGGCACGUUACAGUUAAAAGAUCGUCUUUGUGUAUUACCACUGAACAUUGUAAAUGAAAAAAUUUUCAUUAUUCUGUGGUUUUGGCUCAUUUUUCUCACUUUACUGUCUACUGCUGCAGUUUUUUUCCGUAUCUUAGUAUUUUGCCUGCCUCCUCUUCGCACAUAUAUGAUUAUGGGCCAACUAAGACAUGUUAAAAGACGUACUGUUUCAAAAAUUGUUAAAAAUAUUGGAUUUGGAGACUGGUUUAUUGUUUACUUACUGGGCAAGAAUAUGAAUCCUAUUAUAUAUAAAGAUCUUAUUUUAGAACUUUCUAAAGAAUUAGGAAACAAACCUGUUACAGUUUGAUAUCUUUUUCUAUUUAAUUUUUAAUACUGGUAAGAAACGGUACUUAAAUCAAUAAGAUCAACAAAAUGUUAAAUAAGUAUAGUCUCUUAUUUUCAAAUUGAAUUUUCUAGAUUGAUUUUUUUGUGGCAAUAUGUUACUACUAUUAUAUUUCUACUUAUGUAGUAGGUAAGACUGUUUACUAACACAAUUAUAAUUUUGGUUAUAUUACUAUAAGCUGUAAAAGUAUGUAAGUUUGGUUAAAUAUUUUGAUUUAAGAAUACAUUUUAAGUUAAUUUUUCUCUAAUUCCAAAUUUUCUAUAAUAAAUAAAGA